AUGGACAAAAAUGAGUACGCAACCAAGAUGAAGCAGUUGCUAACUAGCGACAAAACCUACGUAACCGUCGAUAAAGAUCCAACGUCCUCUUUCCAAACGAAGAACAACAGCAUCGUACGACGCCUGCAGGACCUAAAGCUCAUAGACACACGCACGGCGAUGAAGCUAAGGACCUAUAAAGCUGUUUGCCCGAAAAUAUAUGGUCAGCCUAAAGCACACAAAGCAGGAUUACCGCUCCGUCCUGUUGUACCAUGUAUGACAGCUCCAUCCUACGAACUAUCGAAGUUUGUCGGAUCGAUUCUACGAAAAUCACUAACUAGCAAGUACAACAUCAAGGAUUCGUUCGAGUUCUGCCAAUAUGUCAACAACAUCUGCCUUCCGACGGGACACAUUUUGGUUUCCUUUGACGUGGUUUCGCUUUUCACGUCGAUUCCAAAAGAUUACUUCUCAUUCGAAGGAGCUUACUAUAUACAAAAAUUUGGAACCGCCAUGGGAAACCCCCUGUCCCCAAUCAUCGCUGACUUGGUGAUGGAAGACAUACUGGACGAAGCGAUCUCUAAAACAAGCUGUGUCAUCCCAUUCAUAAAAAAGUAUGUGGAUGAUCUAUUUCUGGUACUUCCACCCGACAAAGUACAAGACGUCGUAAACACGUUCAACGAAGUCAACCAAAACAUCCAGUUCACUCUGGAGAUGGAGGAAGGUAGAAGGCUCCCCUUCCUGGAUAUGGCACUCAUCCGACAGGAGGACGACACGGUAAAAACGGAAUGGUACUGCAAGAGCAUCGCGUCGGGACGUUUCCUCAAUUUUCAUUCCGGUCAUCCAAUGCACCAAAAGAUGAAUGUAGCCCAAAACUUCGUCAAGCGGGUGAUGGUUUUCUCCACGAACUUGGACCUAAAAAGGAAAAGAGAAAUCGUACACCGCCACCUGAAAGCAAACGACUACCCGAAAUGCCUCAUCAACAGACUAAUCAACCGUGCAAAACAUCAAACGGUAAACAACAAUACAGCUAUGGACGUUCAGUUCCUGCGGCUACAAGUGGCCAUCGUGGCGCUGUUUAGUGUGUGUGCGGCGGAAGUAGACAAAUAG